UGAAUAUGGGGCCGAUGCACUAUCUAAUACCCGUUUCGCCGACCAUUACUUUGACAACAUACGGAUGGAGUGGAUGCCUGAACAUGUCCCGGACAGUGAUGAAAGCGCUGAGCUUCGGUGACAAGCGAAGACCUUAUAGCGUGGCAUUUAUUCUUUCCUUCGGGUCGGGCGUCGAAAGGAGACACCGGACCUAAGAGACUUUCCAGCAACUUUGGUGAUUAUUUUUGGGUGCGAGGUAGAACGUACCACCACCCUCGGCUCCGUCAGUGAAGCAGGCUCAUUCAGGCGCAAAGAUUGGUCUUGGGCAGAGGACAGGGAAAAAGCUUUGGCAUGAUCUGCAUUUUCAAAGGAAAUUGGGCUUCUUUGGAGGGUUGACGAAAGCGACAGCCCCUCCAUAUUGAUAUUCACAACGGGACGAUUCGGAGUUGGUUGGGCAUCUGGCAAGCGUUUGGCCUUCGGGAGUUUCUGGUCAGCAUUUUUCUUUCUUUGUGUAAGACUCUGAUACCGAGGAAGUAGCAACGAUGAAAGAAUGGACUUUCAGAAGGAAUUCAUUCCUCUGGCCUCUUCU